AUGGUUACUGGUGCGGGGUCCCCAGCCAGCGCACUGGCUGCCAUUUUUUUCUAUCUAAUGCGUCACCCUCGUUGCUAUGAGAAGCUUGUGAAAGAGAUUCGCAGCACCUUUUCUGAUGCAUCAGAAAUCCACACCGGGCCAAAGAUGUCGUCAUGUCUCUUCCUGCAAGCCUGUAUCAAAGAAGGGUUUCGCCUCUCACCGUCUACCGGAGCAAUUUUAUGGCGAAACGUCGAGGAUGGCGGUCUCAAAAUUGACGGGGAACACGUCGACGCAGGCUUUGAUGUUGGAACCGGUAUUUACGCUAUGAACCAUAAUGAGGAGUACUUCCCUAAUGCAUCUAUAUUCGAACCUGAACGUUGGUUACUUGACGAAACUACAAGCGAUCUUGCUUUGGCAUCUAGAGCUUUUACCACUUUCUCGAUGGGGCCAAGACGGUGCCUAGGCCAGAGCCUUGCCACCACUGAAAUACGCGAUACUAUCGCAUUAGUUCUUUGGCAUCUAGAUCUUCGCAGGCCAAAACAAACAUGUAAUGACAUUGGAGGUGGGAAACGAGGAAGUGUUGAUGAGAAUGAGUUUCAACAAGAGGAUCAUAUCCCUGCGGAGUGA